AGAGAGUUCGGUUCCAAAAACAGAUCAGAAUGCUCGUUCCCGUCGUUCUAUGUGCGGCGCUUGCCUCGAGUGCAUUCGGCGCUUUCAACGCCGACCAGUACAUAGAUAGUAUCCUCCGAGAUCUUCCACUACAGUUCAAAGUGAAAGGGAACGGUCUGCUGAAUCGUGAUCUGAAGGUCAACGUUACACAGGGCUCGAUUAUCGGAUUGGGGUCAGUCCUCCGAAGAGGCCACUGCACGUACGGUAUUGCUGCGGGGGAAUAUAAGCUCGGAUGUUAUGUCAGUUUGGGUGCUGUACGUGUUCUCCUCAACGCUGACGUUAAGGGAGAUUCCCUCAUCGCGAACACGCACUCCAUAUCUACCACGACUCUCGUGGAGGACAGCUCGUACGCUCUCAUUGAGGUCCAAGGAAGGCCCGGCUCCAUCGGAAGACUAUCGAAUGUCAGCCUCUCUCCGCUCACCAUGACGUCUUCCGUGACUCAGGGAAAACUCGAUCUCAACUCGGCCAGAAUCUCCGACUUUGUUAGACAAUUGAAUGCGGCCCUCGCUACUCAGAUUUCAUCUGCUAUGCGCGGACCCUUCGCCAAUGUGCUGAGCACCCUCAUCAGCAACCGUCCCUUCCCUUGAGCCAUGACGUGGUUUCGGAAUAAAAUGAUUUCGCAUUGACAUG